UUUUCCUCACCUAUCCGACCGAGCACAAGAGCACCACCGAGCGCGCGCCGAGCGUGUUCUCUGUCUCCUGGAGUAUUUCUGCAUCUUUUCUCAAACAGGCAACCCUUUUCAGCACCUCCGGAGGUGUUCACGCACUGAACAUCCUCUCGCAGUUGUGAUCAGUUUGUGCGGAUCCAAUUAAAGUGAAUUUGAAAACGACGAGGCUCAGAACGAGGCUGAAGCAUCUUUAAGAGCGCGCGCAUCUCUCUGAGAGCGCGAGCAACAUAUGUGCUGCCUGUGAAGACUCGUUACAGCACCUCAGUGUGUCUGAAAACGCUUGACAAAACGCCUCACCCGACUUGCUGAAAACUUUCAAGGAAUAUUUACAAGCAUUUUGAAGGGAUUUCCUAUCAGUAACACUGAGUAAAACUAAUACUUCUGGAGAUAUUUAAAGGACGGAAUACGAAGUGAACGCUGCGUUCCGAGAGGAAUCACAUUUACACUCCUUCAGUUAGACGGUUCUUCUUUGCGGACGGAAGUUUCUGAGUUUUCUGACGGAAAAAAAUGGGCAUAACUGGUUAUUUUGAGCUGCAGUGGAAAUGCCUGAUUGUUGUGGCUCUAAGACUGCUGUUCCUUGUGCCCGCAGGAGUGCCAGCGAGAAGCGGAGAAUCUUAUUUAAAGGACAACAUCACUGUCAGACAAGGAGACAGCGCUGUCUUGAAGUGCAAUGUGGACAACAAAGUAUCAAGGGUGGCAUGGCUCAACCGGACCACUAUCCUCUUCACGGGGAAUGAAAAAUGGUCGUUGGACCCCCGGGUGGUCCUACUAAACACAGCAGUCACUGAAUACAGUAUAAAGAUCAUAAAUGUAAACUUAUAUGACGAGGGGCCGUAUGUAUGUUCCAUCCUCACAAACAAGAAACCAGAAUCGACAAAAGUGCAUCUCAUCGUACAAGUUCCUGCCAGGAUUGUAAACAUAUCCGCCGAUGUUUCAGUGAACGAGGGCAGUAACGUAAGCCUCAUGUGUCUGGCCAUCGGGCGACCUGAACCCAGCAUUUUGUGGAAAUUCCGUUCUUCAAAAAGUGAGGGAAAAGGUAAUAGAAUCAUUACUGAGGGUGAGUAUGUGGAAAUGACUGGAAUCACCAAAGACAUGUCCGGCUCAUACGACUGCAUCACAUCAAACGACAUCUCGCCUCCAGACGUGAGGACUGUUCAGGUUACUGUAAACUAUCCACCUGUCAUUUCGCGAGCUCGAAGCACAGGAACGGCUGUCGGCCAGAAAGGGGUUUUGUGGUGCGAGGCGUCUGCAGUUCCUCUGGCGGAUUUUCAGUGGUAUAAGGGGGAGCGCAGACUCUUCAACGGACUCAACGGAGUCAAGAUCGAAAACAAGGGGAAACAGUCCAUGCUAACAUUCUUUAACGUCUCUGAAGAGGAUUAUGGGAACUACACAUGUGUGGCCAUGAACACCCUGGGAAUAACAAACGCCAGCAUUAUUUUGUACGGCCCCGGAGCGAUACACGACGUGAACAACGCAGCCUUAUCGCCAACCAGCUCAUUCUUGCUUCUGACUCUUGUUUUAACACUUUCGGUCCUCAGCAAGUUUUGAUGCUAAAGCAGCGUGUCCGUUUCUCUGUACACACACAGACUCACAGUCCCACACACAGAGAGGGAGAGUACUUUAUCAGUUAUUAUUAACAUCAUCAUAAUUUAAAUAAUUAUGUCUUAUGUUUCAUUUCUGAAGGGAAGUGUCAAUGUGGGUUUAUGGGUCUGUACUAAGAUGCUUUGGGAUUUAACCGUGUUUUGAAACAGUGAACUGGACUAUGAAUGGAGUCAGUUUGUUAGCUGGGUAGAAAUAAUAAUAGAAUCACUAUAUGUGUCUCUCCAACCUUUUGUAUGUAAAAAGAGAAGCAAAAAUUCAUGUAAUCAUGAAUAACUGAAUGGUUUGUUGCUCAGUGUUGAACAGUGUGAAUUGAGGUUACUGGUGUCCUGUAAAAUAACAUGAUUUUUUUAUUUAUACAUGUAUUUUUUUUUUUAAUAAUCAAUAAAAAUAACAAAAGCAAAAAAGAAAGAAACAGAAGAAUUAAAAAAAAAAAAAAGCUUCAGUGGGCCCAGAAAGUAUUUGGACACUUGAGUCACACAUAAAAAUGUCUGAAUGUCAUUACACCAAGUGGCACCAACAAGCAAAUUAUCGUUUUUUUCUCAUAACUAACUUCACUUUUCUUGCAUUUCCAUUUUUAUCCUAUUACAUAUUUUUCCUAAUGACUUUUAAUUCCCUUUAAAGGUGGUUUUCAGUGGAUGAAGUCACUUCUUCAGUGUAGUUCAUUACAUAAACUGUAUGAACAUUGACUUUUUAACUUUCUAACACACUGAAAUAUAUACCACUAGAACAUUAUGUAGGAAGAGAGAGCGAGAGAGAGAGAGAGAGAGAGAGAGAGAGAGAGAG